CCCCACCUCUACCUCCCGCCCUCUGCCCCGCCCCCGAGGCCAGAUCCGCUUUCGAAGAAGCCGGAACCGAGUCCCAAAGUUGCUGUUCGAGGAGCAGCAGCCUCGCCACCCGCCGCGUCCGGGAGAGGUCCGGUCGGUCUAGCCCUAGUGCCCCGCAUCCGCUCACUCCUGCGCCCCGACACGCGCGCUCUGGGCGGCUGAGCCGCGGCUCCCAGAUGUUUUCAAGUCAGAAAACAUUCACUGAGCACCUACUAUGUACAAGAUGAACAUCUGCAACAAGCCCUCUAACAAGACAGCCCCUGAGAAGAAUGUGUGGACAGCACCUGCACAGGCCAGCGGACCCUCCCCGGAGCUGCAGGGCCAGCGGUCCCGCCGGAAUGGGUGGAGCUGGCCCCCUCACCCGCUCCAGAUUGUGGCCUGGCUGCUGUACCUCUUCUUUGCUGUGAUUGGCUUUGGGGUCCUUGUUCCCCUCCUGCCUCACCACUGGGUGCCUGCUGGCUAUGCUUGCAUGGGCGCCAUCUUUGCUGGCCACCUCGUGGUGCACCUGACUGCUGUUUCCAUCGAUCCAGCAGAUGCCAAUGUGCGGGACAAGAGCUAUGCUGGGCCCCUGCCCAUCUUCAACCGCAGCCAACAUGCACACGUCAUUGAAGACCUGCACUGCAACUUGUGCAACGUGGAUGUGAGUGCUCGUUCCAAGCACUGCAGCGCCUGCAACAAAUGCGUGUGCGGCUUUGACCACCACUGCAAGUGGCUCAACAACUGCGUGGGCGAGAGGAACUACCGGCUCUUUCUACACAGUGUGGCAUCUGCCUUACUGGGCGUCCUGCUCCUCGUGCUGGUGGCCACUUAUGUCUUUGUGGAGUUCUUUGUCAACCCCAUGCGGCUGCGUACCAACCGCCACUUUGAAGUCUUGAAGAAUCACACAGAUGUGUGGUUCGUGUUCCUGCCUGCUGCCCCUGUGGAGACCCAGGCUCCUGCCAUCCUGGCUCUGGCUGCCCUUCUCAUCCUUCUGGGCCUGCUCUCCACAGCCCUGCUCGGCCACCUGCUCUGCUUCCACAUUUAUCUCAUGUGGCACAAGCUCACCACCUACGAAUACAUCGUGCAGCAUCGUCCGCCCCAGGAGGCAAAGGGGGCCCACAGGGAGCUUGAGUCAUGUCCCCCCAGGAUGCGGCCCAUUCAGGGGUGGGCCAGGCUGCCAGGCCUGGGUAGGCCUGGGGGAGUGAUGGCUGUUGGUGGAGACCCCCUGCCCCCCGCAACUGCCACACCAUUGUGUACCUGCCCUGGUGCUGGGCACGGAACCCAUGUAAGCACAGUGGCAGCCAUCCUGGGAGUGGGCACCAUCCCUAUCCCCACUUCACAGAGGAGACUGAGGCUCAGAGGGGUAGGCAGGAGACUUUCUCAAGCUUCACAGCCAGUGCCCACUGAGGCAGGGCUGGCCCUGGGAUCCCCAGACUCGAAUGCUCAGGACCCCUGCUCUGUAGCUACUGCCUGCUUAGUCUUUGGGGCCAGAUGUGCCAGCAGCAAGGGCAUUUAAUAUCAUCUGAAAAUGACCUGAGGGAGACGUCGGCAGAGGGAGAAGGGGUGUGUUUGUCCCAUCGUACAGAGGAGAGCUGAGGCUGAGAGGUGCCAUGUACCAUUCAGGAAUGUGCAAGUUUUGAAUGUCUCUGAGGGACAGCUUUGAUGAGGGGAGGGGAAUUUGAAUGGGGACACCCUGGUGGCACCCUCAAACUUCCCCAGCUGGCUAGGGCCUGGCUCCUGUCCCAUUCUGGCCCAUCAGGCUUCUGAGACCAUCCUCUACUGCUGCCCUGCCCUCUGCCCUACACUUCUAGAACCCAGGGGCACCAGGGUAGGCUUUGCCCCCUCUCUCCUGGGCCCUGGAGGGGUGCUAGGUGCACACUGGUGAAGAGGAAAUGUGUGGGGGAAGGACUCCCUUGGCGUCCCAGCCCUUGUGACUGGCCUUUGACUCCUUCCUCUUUCCCAGGGCUCCUCUGCUCAGGCUGGCACCUCCACAUUCCUCCCCAAAGGGCCAGCCUGGGCAGGUGUUGGGCACAGGGCUUGCUGCCCAGGGUUCAUUCUCUGCCUCUGUGUAGCCAGCCGGUGACUGGCUGGGCUCUGUCCCCCAGAUCUGCUAGGGCUGUCCUGCAGGCGGCCUCCCCACCCCCACCCUGAGCAGGAAUGCGGGAGGGGCCCCACUCUGGAGCCGUUGCCCCCAAACAUAGGCUUGUUUUAGAGACGGUGUUGCUGUUACAGUGUCGUCUCUGCAUUAGUCAGGACGCCCGGGUCUCCAUGGAAACGACUGCCUAGUCGGCGACAGCUGUCCAGUGCCCUACCCCCAGCCACCCCACAUCCUCCGCCAGGCUCCCUUCUCAGGCUGUUUUUCCUGGCUUUUGUUUCCUCAC